AUGACAAAAGAUAAAAAACAUAGUACAAAUAAUACAAAUCAACAAGAUGAAGAUAUGGAUACAAGUACAGCAAAUAAAGGUGAAAAUGGAACAACAAAUGAAACAGAAAAUACAGGUCUAACUUAUGAAGAAAAAUUUAAAUAUAUGAAUGCUAUGGCAUCGCCUGUUGCACCUAAAAAAUUAGCAAAAAAAUUAUUUAAAUGUAUUAAACAAGCUGCUAAACAAAAAAAUUAUAUUCGAUUAGGUUUACGUGAAACGCAAAAAUAUAUUCGUCGUGGAGAAAAAGGUCUUGUUGUAUUUGCUGGUAAUGUAACACCAAUUGAUAUUUAUAGUCAUAUGCCUGUUGUUUGUGAAGAAGCAAAUAUUCCAUAUGUAUUUGUACCAUCAAAAGAAGAUUUAGGUAGUGUAAUUCGUGCCAAUCGAACAUGUUGUUUAUUGAUGAUCCGUUCCCAUCCUGAAUAUAAAGAAUUAUUCGAUGAAAUUAUUGAUAAAAUCAAUAAACUUGAACCAUCAUUUGCCAAAACUGAUUAA